AUGGAAGCGCAUGGCUGCUCCGGCCAGACUAUGACAGAUGAACUUAACAUGUCGCGCUCCCCCUUUUCCGAGGGAGCCAAGAGGAAGAAGGACGGGAAGACCGUGGCGCUCAAGAGAGUUUCCAUGUCCGACAUGGGCGAAAAGUUCAGGACCAAGUGCAUGCGGGAGGUGCGCCUUCUGCAGUCUUUGGAUCACUGCAACAUCAUCCGCUACCAGGAUUCCUUCCUGGACAACAAUGAGCUCGUCAUCGUCUUAGAGUGGGCGGCGGCGGGAGACCUCAAGAGGCAAGUGCGGAAGGCGUUGGAGCGUGCAGUGCAUUUCGAGGAGCGCAUCAUCUGGGGAUACUUCUCGCAGAUAUGUGGUGCCAUCAGCUACAUGCACAGGAUGCAAAUCAUGCACCGGGACAUCAAGCCCGCCAACAUUUUCCUCACCCUGAAGGGACAGGUCAAGGUGGGAGACCUAGGGCUGGGCAGGGUCAUGAACGCGGACGACGAACUGGCCUACUCCAAAGUCGGCACCCCGCUCUACAUGUCCGUCGAGGUGCUGGGCGGCGGCGGGUACAGCUGGAAGAGCGACGUGUGGUCCCUGGGCUGCGUCCUGUACGAGCUCGCCAUGCUGCGGAGCCCCUUUAAGAGCGAGAGCCUCAGCCUCUACAGCCUCUACAAGAAGAUCAGCAGCGGAGACUAUCCACCUAUGUUGGCGUACUACUCAGAGGAGCUGAGGGCGCUGGCGACGGGCAUGAUCAACACCAACCCGGACGAGAGGCCCAGCGUGCACGAGGCGCACUCAAUCGCCCUUGCCAUGAAGCGGAAAAUGGCCGGGAAGGGGAACCCUGCCACCCUUCCCCCACAGGUCUUCCGGGCCAAUAUUCAAGGUAAAGUGAAGCGAAGCGGUUGUUCUCUGCUGGUUCCAUUUUAG